GCGGGCGUAUAAGGCUGUGCACACUGGCUAAUGAGCACACUCUGCUUCAACAAGCCUGGAAGCAGAGGAGUGGCAGGGUCAGGGCGCAAGGUUUUGAGGAGCAGGGAUGCAGAACAGAGCUGGCCUAAUUCUCAGUGCCCUGGCCUUGUUGACAGGGUUCCUGAUGAUCUGCCUGGGAGCCUUCUUCAUCUCUGCAGACUCCCUGAUCCACUGCCAGAGGACCCUGAUCAUGGCCUACUUGCUUCUGCCUCUGGGGUUUGUGAUCCUCCUGAGUGGGGUUUUCUGGAGCACCUACUGCCAAGCGAGUAACAACAAAGGGAUGUUCAGCCACAUGCUCAGACAAUAUCUUGGCCGGGGGGACCUGCCCCUGGAUACAGUCGACAGGCCACACUUUUACCCUCCAGCUUAUGAAGAGAGCCUGGAUGCCGAGAAACAGAUUCAUCUUGCAGAGGGACAGGCCUUGGAUGUUCCUCCACCUCUGUACACAGAGACAGGCCUUGAACUUGAGGAUGGAAGUGAUGCUGGUCCAGAAGCCCCACCACCCUACCACGAAUCCGUAGUGGAUGUCAGAGGAUGCUGAGAGGCCAGGCUGAAGUGCUGAAGGGAGGGGGGCUCACUGCUAAACCAGCAUGCAGGACAUACCCUGCUAAAGAAAAACUGGCCAGGGACUGGGGAGGAAAGCUGUGUUAGGGUGUGGCUAGCCCCAGACAGACUCUUCAGAGGGGUCCCACUAGGAGAGCCAGGGAACCACAUUGGUGUAAGGAUAAACCCACUCACCAAGAGGCUAGAUGUCUUGUUUCUCAUUACCUCAGCUCCAACCGGGAAGAACACUUGCUGCUUGCUGGACCAAGUCACAGCCCUCUAUGCACGCUCCCUAGAAUUCCUGAAGGGAUGUGUGUAAGAGGCUGGCUUCGCAAUGUUCCAAGUGGAUGACAUCACCAGAAUGACCCAGUGAUUCCCAUUGUGACUUGGAACCCAUGAAUGUUAUUUUGUCUUCUUUUCUUUUAA